CACGUCCCGCUUGUCCCUCCGUCCGUCCGUCCGUCCUCCCGUCCGUCCCUUCCGAGCGAUGAGGAGGCUCGUCCUCCUGCUCUGCACCGGCGUGACCUGUUGCAUCGCGGCGGGAGGCGCUCCGGGGGGAGGAAGAAGAGGAGGAGGAGGAGGAGGAGAAGAUGCCACCGAGCCCGAGCUGGUGGAGGAGAAGAGGGAGCGUGUCCCGGUCUCCAAGUCGCAGGUGAAGUUCAACCUCCGCUCCUGGUGGGACGGCGAAGAAGAAGAGGAGGGUUGCCCGCUCGCCAUCGGCCACCACAAGCGUCUGGAGGAGUGCAAGUUCAACGUGACGGCCAAAAGCUUCUUCAUCAUCCACGGCUGGACGAUGAGUGGCAUGUUCGAAACCUGGCUGGACAACCUGGUGGCCGCUCUUCAGGAGAGGGAGAAGGACGCCAACGUGGUGGUGGUGGAUUGGCUUCCUCUUGCCCACCAGCUCUACACCGACGCCGUCAACAACACCCAGAUUGUUGGAAAAAGCAUAGCGAGGCUGCUCGACUGGUUACAGGAGAACCCGCUCUUCCAGCUUGAGAAUGUCCACCUCAUCGGGUACAGCCUGGGCGCCCACGUCGCCGGCUUUGCUGGUAACCACGUCCACGGGACAAUAGGCAGAAUCACAGGCUUGGAUCCGGCCGGCCCUAUGUUUGAAGGAGUGGACCCCAGCAAGCGCCUCUCCCCCGACGACGCAAACUUUGUGGACGUCCUUCACACCUACACGAGGGAAACGCUAGGGCUUAGCAUUGGGAUCCAGAUGCCUGUAGGCCACGUUGACAUCUACCCCAACGGGGGAGACUUCCAGCCUGGCUGCGGAUUAAGCGAUGUCUUGGGAGCAAUUGCCUAUGGGACCAUUGCUGAAGUUGUCAAAUGCGAACACGAGCGGUCUGUGCACCUCUUCGUGGACUCCCUGGUGAACCAAGACAAACAGAGCUUCGCGUUUCAAUGCACCGAUUCCAGUCGCUUCAAGAAGGGCAUCUGCCUGAGCUGCCGGAAGAACCGCUGCAACGGCAUCGGCUACAACGCCAGGAAAACACGCAACAAACGCAACAGCAAGAUGUACUUAAAGACAAGAGCUGACAUGCCCUUCAAAGUCUACCAUUAUCAGAUGAAAAUGCACGUCUUCAGCUACAAGAGCCUGGGAGAGGUCGAUCCCACUUUCGCCGUCACCCUUCACGGCACCAAUGGAGACUCUGAACCUCUCGCCUUAGAAACGCUUGAUCAAAUCGGCCUAAACGCUACCAACACCUUCCUGGUCUACACGGAAGAGGACAUGGGUGAACUUUUAAAAAUAAAGCUCACCUGGGAGGGGACAACUCAGUCGUGGUACGAUCUGUGGAAAGAGCUGAAGAGCUACUGGUACCGGCCGGCGAAGUCCGCCCAGGAGCUGCACAUCAGACGCAUACGAGUGAAAUCUGGAGAAACACAACAGAGGUUUGCUUUCUGCGUGGAGGACUCCCAGCUGACCAGCAUAGUCCCUGGCAAAGAGCUCUGGUUCGUGAAGUGCACGGAGGACUGGCAAAAAAGACGUGUCUCAAAUUUGCUCUGAAGACUCCUCUGAAGACGCACAACCGAGCAAACCUAGAUGCAUGAAGACCACGCAGGUGGCAAGAUGCUCUGGCAAAAAAAAAAAACCUGGCUUGGUAGCACUUAAAGCAACCAGCUCCUCAGGAGUAAACAUCUCGGAUCAGAUGGAAGAAACCGAGGAGCAACUGCUGGACUGUGGUCCUAGACGUAGAAUAACUAAAAGCAACGUUCUCCCUUCCCCAAGGAGCCUGGUUUGUGUAUUUAACCUUACCUUGACCUGUUAAACGCUGCGUUUCCUGCCCGGCCUCCAUUAACCAGGACUACAGAUGAGAUCUUCACAGAUCUAGACCUCAGCAAUGAUCUUCUGGUCCUCCUGCCCAGUGGAGUUGAGAAGAUAACCGUGCCA